AUGGGCCUGCAAGCGCUUUCUGCGAUGGCCAAGGGCCAGAAUGGCGUCGGCGCCUUCAUUCUCCAAUGCAAGCGAAUAGACUUCCACUACUGCGACUACUGGGGCAGCUCAAAGGGCAUGGUAUCCUUCCUGAAACACCGCCUUGCCCACUUCGCAAAAGAACAUCCCUCCAUUGAAAUCAACGUCUCCCCCAAACCAAACCACCACCCCGUCAUCAAAGGCACCUUCAUCAACGGACGGAUCCGAGCGAUAUGCGUGAAGAAUCUGGAGCCGACGCAGAUAUACCAGAAAGCCCUGAUUUUGAGGAACGCGAGUGGUGAUAAGGUCAAGCGAUGGAAUAAGCCCGUCAGGAGCGACAACCCGAGUGUUAGAGGGAUAUGGAGUCCGUUCCAUGGGGCGAAGGUCAGCCUGUUGUCCGGAAAGGGCUCAUGAAUUGGAUUUCGAGGGCAUAUGGGUGGCGUACGGAUGCAUGUUUGUAUAUAUAUGUACGUUGGCAGGAACAGAAUGUAAUACCAUUGUCUUGCUAAGAUAUGCAAUGUGUCUCGUUUAUGCCAAGGGAAGUGUUUUGGCGUCAACAUGAACGAGAUUGAAGGCGUGGGAGAAAUC